GCCCGACGCGACCGCACGCGUCCCGCUAUGCCCUAAACACCGUGAUAACGCGAGAAAAUGUACAAAAUACACCACCUGCUGCUGCUCUUCGCUAUAUGCUUCGCUGUCGUCUCAUCCCUCCCCCACGGCACGGCGGACGAGGAGGAGGAGGACACGACGCGGCCGGACGCCGACGAUGACGGCCGCGUGUACAAGAACCCCCGCAACUCCCCCUCCGCGCAGUGCCCCCGGGAUGAGGAGCAGGCCACGCUGCUGGGUCAGAAGUGCCUCCGCAAGUGUUCGUCGGACGAGGACUGCAAGAGCAAGAAGAAGAAAUGCCUGUGCGACGGCGCGUGCGGGAUGUCCUGUAUCAAACCCGAUCGCGAGUGUCCAGAGCUAGAGCAGCCUGAGAUCGGCAAGGUGACACUGACCGGCAGACUAUUUGGUGACAAGGCGGUGUACUCGUGCCCGCACGGCUACCACGUGGUGGGUCUGCAGAGCCGCAGCUGCCAGGCCGACGGCUCCUGGGCCGGUCAGCCUCCCGCCUGCAAGGAGAACAUCUACUGCCUGCAGCCGCCCACCAUCGAACACGCGCGCCACUCCGCGCUCCCCGAGCAAGCGACCUUCGACCUGGACGCCACGGUGCAGUACAACUGCCACACCGGCUACGUCACUAACGGCUUCCCCCGUGCCAAGUGUCUGGCCAUCGACGGACAGGCGUCGUGGUACGGCCCCGAUAUUACCUGCGAACCCCGCUCGUGUGGUGAGCCCGGUGACGUGCCCCAUGGAUGGGUGACAGCGGACUGCCACUCGUUCGGCUGCCGGGCGGUGGUCCAGUGCGGGCAGGGCUUCGAGCUGGUGGGCAAGGCGGAGCGGUACUGCCAGGCCGACGGUGCCUGGGCGCCCAAGGAACUCCCCACCUGUGUCCUGGUGACGCAGGUGCAGUGUCCACCGCCCGAGGCGCCGCGGCACGGGAAGGCGGUGUACACGUCGUGCGCGUACAACUCGGUCGUGUCGUACGAGUGCAAGUACGGCUACCGGCUGGUGGGUGACGCGACGCGACGCUGUGGAGCCGAUAAGAAGUGGUCGGGGGCGCAACCUGUGUGCAAAGAAAUCAACUGUGGACAUCCAGGGCAACUUUGGAACGGAUGGCUCGAGAACAUUUCAUCAGGGACGGGGCUGGGAGCGUCGUUGAUAUUCCGAUGCCAGGACGGAAUGAAGAUGGAGGGGAACGGAUCAGCGAUCUGCCAGAGCGACGGCACUUGGAGCCACCCGCUGCCUAUGUGCUUAGCCCCGUGCGUGGUGCCGCAUGUAUCACAAGGACGGGUCGUGAUGAUGGAGAACCGAACUGGUGACAACGACACGCAUGAGCAGACGCAGAUCGUCGGCAGCUCCUCCAUGGUGCAGCAUGGAGAAAUGAUAAUGGUGGAGUGCGAGAAGAACUACGAGUUCCCGUCUAACAACCUGGCGGUGACCUGCAACAAUGGCACAUGGACGCAGAUACCAAGAUGUCAGCCAGCCAGAUGUAAAAAGAUGCCUAGAAAUCCUAGGAACGGGAUGGUCAUAGCGCCAAAAACUGAGCACGGAAUGAAAGCGAGGUUCAGGUGUAAGGACGGCUUUGAGUUGAAAGGAAAUCCUAUCGUGGUGUGCUCAUUUGGAGUGUGGACUGGAGAAACGCCUAGAUGUGAAGAAGUGUUUUGUCCAUUCCCUGGCUACGUGGAAAAUGGAAAAGUGCUACUAGUUGGCAACAUGGGACUGUACGACUACAGACCGUAUGUUAAAAAGGUGGUAAACAACAAGCAAAUUAUGUACGAGUGUGAGAAAGGCUAUGUCCUGUCCGAAGGUCCACCUGGAGCUACGUGUAUUGGUGGACAUUGGAGCCCUAGAGAGCUUCCCAAGUGUACACUCUACCAACAUCCUCGUAUAAGAUGGAGUCGCAGACGACGAUCCGCAGACGAAACUGAAGUACGGCACAAGCGUUCAGCCUACCUCCGAAAGUACUACAAUAAACUGAAAAGACAAGAGGAGAGUAACACUGAACUAGAUAGCUUAUACAAUAAAUAUAACCACGACAGCCAAAAACCGACCCUGAGACACGCUAACUUCAAAAUAAUGAAGAAAUUCGACUUAGAUUUUAACGGAGACGUUAGUGCAGAUAUGAUAGAGUCCGAUGGACCUGAAGGUGAAAAUUAUCCCACCGCUGUAUACACAGUUUACAAUGUGCACGGGGAACCUAUAGGGCACAAGUUUUAUUCCUACCAACCGGUGUAUGAGCCUGAAGAGGACGAAAUUCUUCAUCGUGAGGAAUCAUCGGAAUAUGAUGAUUCUGCUGAACAAGAAACAGAACCACAGUUGACAAUCUUAAAAGGAGGAACGUUCCCAGAUCGUGGUAUAGAAAAUACUAAUGAUGUAUCAGAGAAUAUUAAUAAGUUAAAACACGACUACUUCGAAAGAUAUGUAGAUAAAAGGAGGAAAAGAUUUUCCAACGAAAAGGUUGAAAAACAACAAAAGAAUAAGUCAGAUUUAGAAUCUAAUGAAAGUAGAAGUCUACAAACUACAGCAACACCAUAUACAGGCGCUAGGAGAAAACGAGACGUGAAUGAUGUGCAUAACAGCCACUUUUCGACAAUAAACACACUUUUCGAUCUCAUUGAUAUCAUAGCUAGUAGAGAAAAUGAAGAUCACCUCAAAGUGAUACCAUUAGAGAAGAGUCCAAAGAAUGUUUCGACGAACCUUCUUCAGAAGGAAGAAGCGGCUCAAGUUCCGCUACAAUACAGGAACACGAAUUCAACGGAAAUUGGCAAUGUAUUGGAGAAACGCGAGAAACGAACGAGCAGGAAAACAGACAGACUUAAUCAGACGACAGCAACUAUUCCUAAAACCGGUAGGGACGGUAAGGGCGGUAGAAAUCGUCAGGGACAAACGAGCAGCAGCGAGGAGGAGGGUCAGAGCGGGGAGGCGGUGGAGACGGGGGCCAAGGGGAACGGUAAGAAGGGCCGGCCCAAGAGCCCCUGCGAGCCCAUCGCCAGCGAGCCCUACAUCAACAUCGAGAUUGUCAAGUACGGGAGGGAUCCUAAUAAUACCUUUAGCUCGGGAACCAUAGUCCGUGUGGCUUGUGGCAAAGGAUACGGCUUGAACCUGGAGGCAAAUGCCACAGCCAAAUGCGUACGAGGCAGGUGGAAGCCUGAGAAACCCAAAUGUGAAAUUUUGCCCUGCCACGUUCCACCCACGGAGUACGGCAUAUACACGAUGGCGAACAGCCCGUCCCUGCUGCCCGGGGUUCAGGGUCAGGGGGAUGAGAAGGAGUUGAACGAGACCGACCCGGUGCCCAAUGGCCAGGUCGUACACUUCUCCUGCGAGUAUGGAUACAAUGUGCAAGGACCGACGAAUCUGCGGUGCUGGCUGGGCGAGUGGGCAGUUACCAGCAUGCCCGAAUGUGUCGCAGCUCCAUGUGAACUACCGCUACUAAACGGAGCAACCUACGAGGCUGGGUAUAGAGCAGGUCUGACAGUAGCACACGCCUCCUCUGUCAGUAUCGCUUGUGAGCCAGGCAGGUCGCCACCAGCUACCCUCAACUGUCACUUGGGCAGGCUCCAGCCAACGGUCCACGACUUCUGUCGACCACUGGCAAAUCUGUCCAGACCUAGACCUACCUCAGAGUUCCAGAGUGGGUCUGAUAUUGUGAGAGAAGACAUUUCCGAGCUUGAGCCAGAUUUGCCAGGAAAGGCGAUGGAGUGCGGACCACCGGCGAGGGUCCAGGGCACUCUGAUAUACCGGGACGGCUCGGAGGUGAACGAGACCACGCCGACCGGCGGAUACCCGCACGGGACCGAGGUGACGUUCAGGUGUAUCGCCUCCAUCAUGGGAGAGAAGACCACGUGGAUACUGAUAUGCGAGAAUGGAAACUGGGUUGGCAAGAGCUUUAACUGUGAGGAAUUAGAGGCUCAAAGUGAAGAGUUGUUGAGCAACAACACCUGCACCUUCAGAAACGAGGAGCCUCAUGUUGUGUCAUUCUACAACGACCUAGAAAUUACUGAAACUGUUGACUUUCCUCCUGGAGCUGUCAUAAUAUCCAGAUGCAGCGACAUCGGCAAAUAUGCAAUGGUAGGGUCACAAACCAGAAGAUGUAUUGGGGGUGUCUGGGACGGUGUGAAGCCUACAUGCUUCGGUCUGAACCAGGAGAAUGAUUACGCAAUGGAGAAACCUCCGACGAUACUAUUCAGACAUUCCAACGGUCCGAUCGCUCAGAGCAACGACGGCAAGCUGCUAGUCUACCCCGGCACUAUACUGCACAUGGAGUGCCUGUGGAUGAGGAGGUUCGGAAACCCCAAGUGGAACGUCACACACUUUAAUCCUGAAUCGGAACGUAAAUACCAGGAGGGGUGGACGGACGACCCCGGGCGGGACAGCCAGCUGGAGUACCGGCUCAGCAUCAUCAACGCCGUCAAGGAGGACUCCGGCGUCUACAAGUGCGAGACGCCCGCCAGACAGAGCCAUCAAGUUGAAAUUAUUGUUGAAGACAUCCACUGCCCGCCGCUGCCGCUGCGUCGCGGGCUGGUGGCGAGCAGCACGGACACGCAGCUCGGCGCCGAGGUGCGGUUCUCGUGCGCCAACGGCAACGCCCUGCUGGGCUCGCCCGUACUGCACUGUCGGGCGUCCGGCAACUGGAGCGCGCCCCUGCCGGUCUGUGAAAGUGUGGAGUGCGGGGAGGUGGUGCUGGACGCAGUGGGCGAGGGGGAGCGGCGGCCGAGGGUGGCGGUGGUGUCGCGGGGGGUGGGGGGCCGCGCCGCCUUCUCCUGCCCCGCCGGCUGGGCGCUCAGUGGGCCUGCUGAGACCGUCUGCCUGCCAGCUGCGGAGUGGGCAAAGCCGUUCCCGGUGUGUAAAGAAGUAUCAUGCCCGGCGCUGCCGCCGCCCGCGUCGGGCUACGUGCUGGGCCGCGCGCCGUACCGCGCCGGCGACGUGCUGCAGUUCCACUGCAACCCCGAGCACACGCUGCACGGCCGGCCCAUCCUCGUGUGCCAGGACAGCGGACGAUGGAGCGAUAAACCGCCAACUUGUGCUCAAGCAUGCACAUACCCGGGCACGACGAUAUCGGGUCGCAUGUCGUCGGUGAAGUUCUACUAUAAGAUCGGCGAGACCGUUUCCUUCACCUGCGAGCCCGGGUACCGGCUGAAGGGCGCGCCCAUGCUCCGGUGUCUCAAGAACCGCAAGUGGUCCAACGCGAUACCGCUCUGCACGCCGAUCAGCAACUACACGUCCGCGGACUCGCUCGCCAUGUUGAACGGCGACAUCGACGCCAUGCUGUCCGACGCCGUCUUCCCUACGGACUUCCUGCGGCGACGCGAGACGCCCGCCAUCUUGUCGCCCGAGAGCCACAAGGCGGCCGUCACGAGGGUGGCGGCGACGCGCAUGCUCCGCAGAUCCCCUCUAGAGCUGUACAAGAACAGGAUAUACCGAGUCAACAGACUGCUGCGGAGGGACACCGGGAGAUAAUUAACCACGUCCAGUAAGUGAUUCGUCCUAUUGACAAAGACUUAGUGAUAGCAUAAGUACGAUAGAUUACAGAUAUUUAUCUACUUCAGCAAUAUGAGAGGCCAAUAGAACGAUUUUCGAUAAAGUUUCGGUUUGAGAUUCUACCCACCUAUACGCGCAUUGUUUGAGGAGUUUGCGGGUGUGGUACUGUGCCAAUCCUUAGAGCUGCCACUCCAUUGCAAUCAAUCGCUAAUAAACUAUUAAGAACCGACUUCUUUUCAAAGUUCAUAUUUCUCUCUAAAAAGCCAGUUUAUACCAUUUUAAUAACGAUAAAUCGUUUCUAUCCAUAAGUGCCCUAGCGAGGUUUUAUCGAAAAUAAUACCUAGUAUUGGCUCCUAGGUUUCGUGACAUAUUGAUUGUUUAUAUCUGACUUGCUCUACGACUUUGAUCCAAGUAUCUUCACUAUUUUAUUGAUACAAUACCUAUUCUCUCAACACUAUCAACAACUACUUCUUCUUUUAUUAAGAACUAUCGUAAUUUUUCCGUAUGUCUUAUAUCCAGUUUCUAAAGUUUUUUAAAAGCUGAAGCUCAUCUGUUUAACAGCUUUGUUGAUUGGUCCAACGUAUAUGACGCAAGCCAAUCAAAAGUACUAUUGAAAAGAUAACCUGUCAAAAGAAUCUUACUAAAUUUUACUUCAAAAGUAUUCCUGAACUUUCUUAGACAUUAGACAGUGAAGCCAACGAGUGCUAGCAUUUCCUAAAGAGAUUACGUUUUAUAAGUAUAGAUGUUUAAUAUGUACCGUUAUAAUAAUAAACAUAUCUUUUAUAAUAUGUAUAAUUUUAUUGUAGCGCAUUUAAGCGUUUUCUGACGUUUCUUUAUUAGAUUGUUAUGAGUUCUUAAAGAACGUAUAUUUUGCGUGUAUAGAGGACAUAUUAUAUUGAAGUACUACGUAUAUUUUAAUAUAGUCAUAAACCACCGAAUUAUAUACUUAAAAAAUAAUUACUUUACUCAUUACUCUAUAUUAUAUCUUACCUUGACGACAUGAUAAUAUUAUGAAAGAAUUUGUGAAGAGACGUACCAUGGUAUUAUUAUUAUAAUAAUUAUGUGUGCAUGGUAUGUUCUUUAGUGACUAUAGUAUUGUAAAAUCUACAUUUUUAUUAUUUUUCUUGAAAUCUAUAACGCCAUA